AAACUACGAGAUGAAUCAUUGCUAUAGUACAGGCCCCAGAGCACUAAGGAAGUUAAUGUUGUCGAAUCCUUGCAUUAUUCAGUUCAAAAGAAUUUCUCUCAAACUGCCUGUUAUGCAGCUCCGCAGUGUAAGAGGCGAUUAUUGCUGGGAGCUGGACGCCUUUCUUCAAACACUUGAUGAGCUGACCGUUGAACUUCCUCCAGAGUCUGUUACCGACUAAGUGUUUUAAUGUUGUUUUAUGUCUAUACAUUUUUCUUUUUACUGAAAUAAAGUUGUUUUAUCAAUUCCCCACCGCCUGCAAGCUCAGUGUUGUAUCUUGAAUUAGUGACGGGCUGAGAAAGUAGCAGGGCAUUGUUGAGUGCAUUACUUCCUGCUUUCUGAAGUCCAUCAGUGGUCACAUGUGAGGGCUUCUCCCCAUUGGCUUUUGCUGUAGAUUAGAAUGAACUUUGUCUCAGUUCCUCUUGUAAAGGAAAAGCGACUCUGCUGGAAUCUUUGCCUCUGUUGGGUUUUUUUGUAUAAAUACUAGAGAUAACAUUUCUUGUCCCUAUCCAAGUUAACAAGGACAAAAAUUUGGAAUGUGGUCUUUUUAAAAACGAGUCGGUGUGUGCGCCUUGGACACAGAACAGGUGAGUCACAUUGGCGUGGCGGUACCUGAAACAGGAGACUGGGUACAACAAAGCCUUAUUGUUGUUAUUUAAAUUGUGAUUCGUGGCUAUAGGCUAUAUAACGUGUUUAUAAACACGCUGACAAAAUGAGGAACAUGCCCCAUUUGCACUUGAAGACUCAUAAUGACGUGUCCACACAUUAACGAGUGGCUUUAGACGUUUCUGUGUUAAAACCGCAAAUUCUUUCCUCAUGGCGCAGGGAACGGGUCCAGUGGAGCGAAGGGAAACUGUUCCCAGUUGAUAAUUUGACACUCAUAUCUCCGGGGUGUUGUCCAAAUAAAAAAAAAAAGGAAGUGGCCUUGAAAUCGUGCCGAGAGAGGGAGAGACGAGCAGCAUGUGCGACAGCAGAUCGGAUGCUGCUGGAUGCGACUCAGCUGGGUCAGAAGCAGCUGUCAGCGGCACCGACGCCCACGGAGGUACCGCAGCCAAACAGGGCACCGUUGUGGAGCGACUCUCGCGGUAUGGCAUGCAGGUCGUGCCCAGCGCUUUCCUGCGUAGGUCGAGGCUGCAGAGGCAGCAAGAAGUGCCCGACGGCUCCGCGCAGCAGAGGGAGGCUCCGGAGAGAGGGUCGCUCACACCCGCCAUGCGUAAAAGAUACCUCAAAGAGCUGCUGUUCGGCAACGCCUCGAACAGCGGGUUCAGCGGCGCGCUGUCCUCGCAGGCGGGGAGCGCGUCCCCCGAGCAGGACGCGGGGUGGGCUCUGUGUCCCAUGGAGCACGCCUGGAUGUUGUCCGCCGUGGAGGGGAACUACGACACCGUCCUGGAGUUCAUCUCCGAGGACCCGUAUCUGUUGACCAGGAGGGAUUUCAUCAGCGGCUACUCGGUGCUGCACUGGCUGGCCAAGAGGGGACAGGACGAGGGGCUGCUCAAAGUCCUGCGCUACGCGGAGGCUGCGGGGACCCCGGCGGACGUCAACCUGCGGGGCAGCGGCGGGCUCACGCCGCUGCACGUCGCCAGCAUGCACGCACAGUACACGGUCGUCAAGCUGCUGGUGGGCGCGUUCGGCGCCGACGUCGACGCCAUGGACUACGGCGGGAGGAGAGCCUGGCAGUACCUGAGGGGAGACGCCCCGCUGGAGAUGAAGGAGCUGCUCGGGACGUGGGACGACGAGCACAGCGCGCAGCCCGGCGCGCACGCGCUCCACAGGAACGCCAACAACAACAGCGCUGGCGCGAUGAGCGACGAGGUCGACCGCGCCGGGCAGACGCACGAGGCGACCUUUGACCGGACUGAGAGGAGUGGCAGCUGGAGGAUUGGCUCUUUUAAGAAAAUGCUCCCCUCGUUUUCGUUUUUUGGCAGCAAAAGCUGACAGUCAAAUCUGCCUCUAACUGGAAUCUUUUAAGGUAGUCCUUAAAACAAGUUAAUAUCUCCCAAGUGUGUUUCUAUCGCAAACGCUGAAGUUCUGCGUACUUUCACGUAUACACCUUUUAAGAUAACUAAAAGGGAUAUUUUGCUUGUCAGUCAUCUUGGAAAUGGAACUUUAAGGAAAAGCUGACUGAAAGGGAGGUCCACACUGAGGCCAUAGCUGAUGUUGAAGGGGUCUCAAGUCAAAACUAUGGGGAAUCACUUGCCACAUUUAAGAAUCCAUAAUUGUGCAUCAAACGUCACUGAACUAUUGUAAUAAACUGUAUAUUCUGAUGUUUUUCAAAACG